GAAUUGCUGCAGCUUCUGGUUAAAGCUUUUGUUCUUUAUGCCAAGGUUCAGUUCAGCUAGAUCAAUUUGUUAUGCAAACUAUUCUAAAACAUUAGAAUGGCUGAAAUUAAUCCCAAAUCCAUCUGUCUGAUUGCAGCAGCUGAAAGAAAUAUGGGAAUUGGCAUAGAUGGAGAUUUGCCUUGGAAUUUACCGAAUGAGCUUAACUAUUUCAUUUCAAAAGUCACCGCAGUCUCGACUCCAGGCAAGAAAAACCUUCUUAUUUGCGGUAGAAGAAGUUGUCUCCCAAGCUAUUUAUCUGCACCAAACUGCUAUUUUGUAGUUCUGAGCAGAACCUUAAGUGCUGUGCCAGACAACGCCAACUACCUCUGCCAAAAUCUGAACAGUGCUCUUCAGCUUACAUCGAUACCUCCUCUGAGUGAGGAAAUUGAAACAAUAUGGGUUAUAGGUGGAGCAAAGCUGUUUGAGGAAGCCAGUAAACAUCCCUGGUGUGAACGCAUUUACCUUACAGAAAUCAUGGCUGAUUUGGAUUGUGAUACCUUCUUCCCACAAUUGGAUUUUCACAAUACCUUUAAACUGGUGGAGGGGUUUCCAGGAGUUCCCAAAGAAAUACAAGAGGAAAAUGGCAUCAAAUACAAAUUUCAAGUCUUUCAGAAAGUCCCCAGUUCUGGGUCUGAAAAUUAAUAUAUCCUUGUGUAAUAAUAUGAGAUGGAGUUUCAAGAUAUUAAAAAUAUUAAUUACCGUAUUUAGAUUCUGGUGUGAGUGAGGUCCUGUGACCUCCUUUCUGCUUUGUGUUGAAUUCCCUUUUUAAUGACCACAGGCAUCUUGUUCGAUACAGAUCUUUUAAAUCUUAAAAUUAUAUUUAAUAUAGCUGGAUUGAUGGACAUUAUUCAUUCUGCCUAUCUUAAUUACUUUAUUUGUUUAGAUAUUAUGAAAUAAAAUGAAAAUCUCUCAUUUUGCGUCACUACACGGUUUUAGCACGUCUCAGGGAGUUUGAAUUUAAUAAAACAAAAUGAUAAAUGG